AUUCCAGGUCAUGCUGUGUUCUGUCGGGAUGGCCCUUGCUUGACACGCGUGUGCUGUGUUUGGGGCGUCUGUGAACGACAACAGAAGAGUGGUCUCUGAUCGGGUGGCGGGGUUGUCUAGGCGCUGGGUCUGUGCGAUGCAGAAACUUGGGGGGCAUCCUUUUUGCCCGGGAAGGGGCAACCCUCGGCAUUGAAGCAUUGAACCGUCCUGGUCGGAGAUGCUGGGAGAGGAGGAGGACGGGCCUUCUGUCUGCCAUGGCUCUUGCAAACCAAAACAGUCGUUUGAAUGAAUCGUCAUCGUCAUCGUGUGCUGCUUUUUCACCCCAACUACAUCCUAUGGGAAAAUAAAUCCAGCUUUAAGAAAUGCCACAUCACAAAAGAGGAUAACAGCCUCUUCAUGCUAAAAUAUUAAGGGCUGACUGUAAAGACACUGCUCUGUGCUCUGAUGCUGCGCCAAGACAUUGCUGUGCUCAAACUGUGAGAAAAGGCACCUUCUCCAUGACAACAUGUCAUCAAAAGAAUACAGCCCCCGCCAAGGGGCAAAAUCCCGUGGUGUGCAGCGGGCCUCAACAAUUGAUGUCACCUCUGACAUGCUUGCUAUGUCUUUGGCAGGAAAUAUUCAAGAUCCAGAUGAGCCCAUCUUAGAAUUUAGUUUAGCUUGCAGUGAGCUGCUUACUCCAUCACUAGAUAGAAAGCCAAAUAGUUUUGUAGCAGUGAGUGUAACCACACCUCCUCAGGCAUUCUGGACAAAACAUGCUCAGACAGAAAUUAUUGAGGGAACAAGCAAUCCUAUCUUUCUAAGCAGUAUUGCCUUUUUUCAAGACUCUCUUAUUAACCAGAUGACACAAAUAAAACUUUCUGUAUAUGAUGUUAAAGAUAGAUCUCAGGGAACUAUGUAUUUAUUGGGUUCUGUGAUGUUCACUGUAAAGGAGCUGCUUCAGGAGAGGAAUCAUCGGUUGCACUUAACGCUGAGGUCUGCUGAAAGUGACCGCGUGGGCAACAUUACAGUGAUAGGAUGGCAAAUGGAAGAAAAAACGGACCAAAGACCUCCGGUGACCAGGUCUCCCGACACCAUCAAUGGAAGGACUGUACUUCCCGUUGAUGAAAGUUUAACAGAGUCUUUAGGAGUAAGAUCCAAAUAUGCUUCACUACGGAAAGAUUCAUUGCUGAAGUCUGUGUUUGGAGGGGCCAUUUGUCGGAUGUAUCGUUUCCCUACCACAGAUGGAAACCAUCUGAGGAUCUUGGAACAAAUGGCAGAGAGUGUGUUGUCCCUACAUAUCCCCAGACAGUUUGUGAAGCUGUUGCUUGAAGAAGAUGCUGCAAGGGUUUGUGAGCUUGAAGAGUUGGGAGAACUGUCUCCUUGUUGGGAAAAUCUUCGUCGACAAAUAGUUACGCAAUACCAAACAAUUAUUCUGACUUACCAGGAAAAUCUCACAAAUUUGCAUCAGUAUAAAGGUCCAUCAUUCAAAGCAAGCAGCUUGAAAGCUGACAAAAAGCUAGAAUUUGUGCCCACUAAUUUGCAUAUACAACGAAUGAGAGUCCAAGAUGAUGCAGGAUCAGAUCAGAAUUAUGAUAUUGUAACUAUAGGAGCUUCGGCAGCUCACUGUCAAGGUUUUAAAUCUGGAGGUCUGCGGAAAAAGCUACAUAAAUUUGAAGAUGCAAAGAAACACAGUUAUGAGGAAUGUUGCACAUCAUCCAACUCCCAGUCAAUAGUGUACAUACCACAGGAUAUAAUUCGAGCGAAAGAGAUUAUCGCACAGAUCAACACCUUGAAAACUCAAGUUAGUUACUAUGCAGAAAGACUUUCCAGAGCUGCCAAGGACAGAUCAGCCAAUGGACUUGAAAGAACACUUGCCAUUCUCGCAGAUAAGACCCGGCAGUUGGUCACUGUCUGUGACUGCAAACUCUUGGCAAAUUCAAUCCAUGCACUGAAUGCUGCUAGGCCGGAUUAUAUAGCUUCAAAGGCCUCUCCAACCUCUACAGAGGAAGAACAAGUAGUGCUAAGGAAUGACCAAGACACUUUGGUGGCCAGAUGGACAGGAAGAAAUAGCCGGUCUUCUCUGCAGGUGGACUGGCAUGAGGAAGAGUGGGAAAAGGUUUGGGUGAAUGUUGACAAAAGUCUUGAGUGCAUUAUCCAGAGGGUAGACAAACUUCUCCAGAAAGAACGUUUGCAUAGUGAUAGCAGUGAAGAUGUUUUCCAGUGUGAUGUCAGCAGUUCUAGCAAGAAAGGUAAACAGGAUACUCGAGCAUACUGGAUAAAGCCAAAAGCCUUAAAUGAGACCUCAUCUUCAUCAUCCCUACCAUCAUCUUCAUCCAUAUCAUCCUCUGCAUGCCAUUGUCCCAGAGUCACAAAUUGCAGUCCCACUCCUGAAGAGUCAAGCCCAGGUGAAUGGAGUGAGGCUCUUUACCCACUGCUGACAACGCUCACAGACUGUGUGGCCAUGAUGAGUGACAAGGCAAAGAAAGCAAUGGUCUUUCUCUUGAUGCAGGAUAGUGCACCUACAAUCGCUCUUUGCUUGAGCCUUCAGUAUCGUCGAGAUGUUGUCUUUUGCCAAACCCUUACAGCCCUUAUUUGUGGCUUCAUUAUCAAGCUGAGGAACUGCCUGCAUGAAGACGGAUUCCUGAGGCAGCUCUACACCAUUGGCCUGCUGGCACAGUUUGAAAGCCUUUUGAGCACUUAUGGUGAAGAGCUGGCAAUGCUAGAAGACAUGAGUUUGGGGAUAAUGGACUUAAGGAAUGUAACAUUUAAAGUAACUCAGGCCACAUCAAGCGCAUCUGCUGACAUGCUGCCAGUCAUUACAGGAAAUCGUGAUGGAUUUAAUGUGAGAAUUCCAUUGCCAAGCACCUUAUUUGAUGCGCUGCCUCGUGAGAUUCAGAGUGGCAUGCUACUGAGAGUUCAGCCUGUACUCUUCAAUGUGGGGAUCAAUGAACAGCAAACCUUAGCAGAGAAGUUUGGGGACACCUCAUUACAAGAAGUGAUUAACAUGGAAAGUUUAGUGCGAUUGAAUUCCUAUUUUGAGCAGUUCAAAGAAGUUUUGCCUGAAGAUUGUCUACCUCGAUCUCGUAGUCAAACGUGCCUGCCUGAACUGCUGCGGUUUCUGGGACAGAAUGUACAUGCAAGGAAAAAUAAGAAUGUUGAUAUUCUUUGGCAAGCUGCUGAGAUUUGCCGCAGACUCAAUGGGGUUCGGUUUACAAGCUGUAAAAGUGCCAAGGAUAGGACGGCCAUGUCGGUGACUCUGGAGCAGUGUUUAAUAUUGCAGCAUGAGCAUGGAAUGGCUCCUCAGGUCUUCACCCAGGCCCUGGAAUGCAUGCGGAGUAUUGGAACACGGGAGGUAGUCACCCAGAAGAACUUGUGUGGCCUGGUGCCCAUCCGGGAUUUCAGGCUAGAUCCCAGUCUCCUCUACUCUAUUCCUAUGCUAGCUCUAAGCCCCAAUUUACUGAUUGUGUGGCUGUUUCUGAGUAUUGCAUACCUGGUGGCCAGAUUACGUUGCAAAUGAAGAUGAAUUUUAAAAGCAAACAAAGCAAAAAUCCAAUGAAGUGCCAGAAUGUUUAUCACCACCUGGUACCUAUUUGUCAAAAGAAUGUGUCAUAGCAUUGUCUGCCAAGAAUUAUUAUUAUGCCUUACAAUUUUCUGUUUCUAUUGUAUUAAACAUGUAAAUAUACAUCAAAUUAUUUUAUGAAAAGGAAUUGUAUUGAACGCUUAAACUGUUGUUACGCUUUCAGUGCUUGUAACAUAGUCUGAUAGCGGCCUUUACCUCGGUACUUUAGAUAGCCUGAAGAUUAGUUUCUCUUACCAAAUAUUUUUCAGGCAUCCAAAUCCUCUUUCUUUCUCUCUCAUGUAGUUUUGUUUCACAUGUUUCAUGUACUCUAGAGAAAAGAACUGUCUAAAAAGAAUUUGUAUUUUUUUUGUAUAUUCUUAAAAAUAUGUCAGUCCUACUUUUCAUAUUUACAUGAUACGGGAAGGGGAAAAGUGGGCGUUUGUAACACAUUCAUUUGAACACUUAUACUGAAUAUCUUUCUAAUCUGAACUUCCAAGCAUAAUCUCUAAAUUAGGAUAGUCUGUAGAACCAUGCAUUUGUUUCUUUGUCAUGUUUAAAUCUGUUGCAACAUACUGUACCAACUAAAAAAUUAACUUGAAUUACAGUAUACUGCAUGCAAUAUACUUUCAGUAUAUUUAUAUAUCUACUUUUUUGCUGUAUCAAAGAGGGGAAAGUAUGUAGAAAGAAUAGCGUACUAAUCAUAUGUAAUUCCAUUUGAAUCUUCUUCGGAAAAAUAUUUUUAUAGUACGUGUGAGGCUAUCAUAUGUUGUUUAAUACUGAUGUUAAAUAUUGCCAUAAAAAAUUGCACUAAUUAGCUCACUGUUAACUUUAAGAUAGUUCUGAUGAAAUAAUCUUAAAUAUUUGAAAGAUUCUAAUAUUUGUCAGAUACUGUUCCCAGCCAAUUACCCUCAAAGUUAAAUGAGAAUUAAUUUCUACCAUUAUUAUGUGGAUUUCCUCAAACAUGCAAAUUUUCAUAUUCAGAAAGGUCUUUCAGCUGAAAUAUAAAAUUUCCAAAUUUCCAUUUACAAGAAAAAAUACAACAUAAAACAAAUAAAUCAUCGAAACAUAUUUGAGAGAAGACCAAAGAUCAGCCAAACUCCUAUUCUGAAAGGCUUUCCAAAACUCUAGCAGAGAAAUAAAGUUCAAGAGAUGAGCUUUUUUCUUCAGCAGUGUCAGAGUUUAUGGACUGAUACCUUAAUGGUCCUACUUCUACCUGUUCCUGUCCUAAAUUGUCUGAACAGUGUUCCCAGUGAGCAGUACAUAAAAACUAGACACUCUGGGGUAUGGGGGGAGCUGAUGAAGGGAAAGCACAAGGUAUGAAAGUAUCAGGUAGAGUUAAAGAUUAAAAAAAUAACUCAAAUUGUGCUUAGAAGCAGAUUGAUAACUAAUAUAACUAGUGCAGAACAAGCGGAAUAUGUGCACAUCUUUCAUGUACACAUUUAUUUUAAAAUAUUGAUAUGAGUCAUGACUAUGUUUGUUUUGCCACCUGACUCGCAUAAUAUAUAUUGUACAAGAACAGUUAUGGCAGUAAACCCAUUCAUUUCAAUCAGUUGUACUGCCUCAUAAUGCAUGAUGUCUUGAUAGGAAAAAUUCCCCUGUUCAUUUGAAGAUAGUUUCAGGUGGAUUGCUGUGUUGGUCUGCUGGUAGAGAAGCUAGAUUUGAGUCCAAUGGCACCUGACAGAUCCACACGGUUACCAGGGUAUAAACCUUCAAGAGUCAGAACUCCCUUCAUUACAUUCAAUUAAUUUGAAGUUACCAUUGCAUGUAUCAAAUUCUGCCUCUCAAAAAAGGAUCCUGCUCACUGGGGGUCUGGAUCACCUCAGUUUGCAAGGGCGUUGUUUACAGUGUGUACCAAAACUUGUUCAUUUAGGGUAGUUUUUUUGUGAACCAGAAUAUUGUUUUUAAUAUUUAUUUUUCUUCCUUCAAGCUGCCACAGAUAAUUAAUUUACAUACUCUGUAUAGUAGAUCUCCUCCUUUCUGAUGGUGAAGACCGUUUAGUAGCUGCUAUAUGUACAGAGUUUUGUGCGCAAAUCGGAACCCUGGAAUAAUCUGGCUUGCACCAAAUGGACUGCAGUUUGUAAAAGCAUAAGACAGUACACAUAUAUUUCCAUUAUAAUGAAAAGAUACUAUGCCUUUUUUUGUAAUUGUAACUGUUCUUUAGAACAUUUUUUUGCUUUAAAGAGAAGACACAAGAGACACUGAAUAAUAUGAAUUGUUGUCAAGACAGAUACAUUAAGGAAUUCAGAGUUUCAAUACAAUGUUUGAGUAAGGAAAGUAAAACCAUUUCUUGUCAGAUAAAACCACAUAAAACUGCAUAUUAUAGGAAACUGAGUUGAUGAAAUUGGUUAAUCCCAGCCAUGUAAGAAUAUGUGCACAAUCCAGGUAACGAUAAGCAAAUGUUGGUUCUUGAUUUCAGUACAAGAGAAUGAAUAUGCUUAACUUUCCAAUUAAAACCAACUGAUUUUUUUAAAAGCUUGUUUGGCUGGGUUGGGCCUUGCUUUGAAAUUGGAAUAAAUGAUUAUUAAUGAAAAUCUCUGUUCACCUUGGAAAUAAAGAUACUAUAGGUUGACAAGGAGCAUGCUAAUUGUUACUGUCAUUAGUGUCUAAACUAUGAAUAAAUUGCAUCUGUCA